GACUGCUCCGGGCGCACUCACUUCCGCGUCCCGCCGAUCUCCGGCCCGCGCGCGCCGAGCCGCCGCCGCCAUCGGACAAUGGGCCGCCGGCCCCGGCUGCCGUGACCUUCCUGCCGCGGCCCCGCCGCCCGUGCCCCCCGGAUCGCGCUCCCUCCCCGCGCCGGCCAGGAUCACAGCUCCGGGGCCCGAGGAAGCAGCGGGAGGAUCGAACGCCCGGGACGUGCCUGCGCCUCCGGCCGGCGGCCUCUUCACUUUCCCGGCCGGCCGCGCUGGCUCUACCCGCCCCAGGCCAGCGGCUGCUGCCUUGGUGGGGAGUUCCGAGUUUGGUUGCUUCAGGAGGAUGUAAUUUUUCUUUUCUUUUUUGCCUCUUUUAACUUUUAUGAUUUGAAAAAGAGAAAAGAACUCCGCAGAGCAGGCCGGGGAUAGCGAAGCGCCAGCAGCUGCCCCCACGUGGACACCCGGAGAGAAAAGGGAGUGAGAAGCAAACUUGACUCAGCUGGCCUUGAGGCUCAACUUCUGCUGGACUCUAAGUCCCGGGGUAAUGACCCUCACGCUGGCCAGGUGGAAGUCUUUACCUGUCCUGAGUGGGACUUGAGUCCCUGCCUUUCCCAGUAUCUCUCUCCGCCCCCCGCCCCCCCGCUCCCCUCAGCCUUUGGGCUAGGCCCAGACACCUGCCAGCAACAUGGAUAAGUAUGACGACCUGGGCCUGGAAGCCAGUAAAUUCAUUGAGGACCUGAACAUGUACGAGGCCUCUAAGGAUGGGCUCUUCCGAGUGGACAAGGGUGCAGGCAAUAACCCUGAAUUUGAGGAAACACGCAGGGUGUUCGCCACCAAGAUGGCUAAAAUCCACCUCCAGCAGCAGCAACAGCUCCUGCAGGAGGAGACCCUGCCCAGGGGGAGCAGAGGCCCUACCAAUGGUGGGGGCCGCCUGGGCCCACAGCCUCACCGGGAAGCUGGUGUGGGCAGCAAGCUGACCAUGGAUGGUGCUGCCAAGCCCCCUCUUGCUGCCUUGACAGUGGCACCUGGGGCAGCCACUGCCAUCACUGCUGGACAGCCCUUGUACCCACCACAGGAGCAGAGGGCCAGGCCAUAUGUCCAUGGCACAAAGCAGGACUGUGGUUCCAGGGAUAUCCCAGCGAGUUCUGAGAUGUCUGCUUUCCACCAGUCGGGCCUCUGUGAGGAUCCUUCCUGCCUCACUCACGGGGACUAUUAUGACAACCUCUCCUUGGCAAGCCCAAAGUGGGGAGAUGAACCAGGAGCAUCCCCCAGCAUCAGCCUGGGUGUAGGGAGUGGGUGGCCCUGUGCCUCAGGGAGUGACCCACCACUGCCCAUACGCUGCGGGGACCAUCACCUGUACCAGCCGCAGGUCUCCCGGAGCGCCAGCAGGUCUUUUGAGAGUGGUCUUGGUAGCCAGGAUGGUGGCCUUGGUGGCUGCAGCAGUGAGAAGCCAGCAGGCCUUUGGUCCACUGCCUCCUCCCAGCGGGUGAGCCCUGGCCUUCCUUCCCCAGGCUUGGAGAAUGGUGCUCCAACACUGGGGCCUGCUCAGACCAGGACCCCUUCUAUUGCAGCAUCCCUGGCUCUGAGCUGCCCUAGUCAAGGAGCCCUUCCAAGAACAAACUCAGGGCUGGGGAAUGAGGUUUCAGGCAUGAUGUCCAAACCCACUGUGGUGUCUCAACCCUGGUUCCAGGAUGGGCCCAAAUCUUACCUUUCUAGUUCUGCCCUGUCAUUUACUUCAGCUGGCAUGGACAGUUCACAGCCAAGAGUGGUCUCUGGGCUGGAUCCUAAGCCUGGCUGUACAGACCUUGGCAGUGGUGCCAAGCUCAGCUCCACCAGCCUUGUCCAUCCAUUGGUGUCCACUCCGCCUGAGUUAUCUUGCAAAGAGGGUCCCCCCGGCUGGUCCCCUGAUGGUAGUCUGGGACCUGUGCUCCCAGAGAGCCCCAGCUCUCCCAGGGUGAGGUUGCCCUGCCAGACCCUUGUCCCGGGCCCUGAGCUCGGACCCUCAGCAGCCGAAUUGAAAUUAGAAGCCCUCACCCAACGUCUGGAGCGAGAGAUGGAUGCUCACCCGAAGGCUGAUUACUUUGGAGCCUGUGUGAAAUGCAGCAAAGGGGUGUUUGGGGCCAGCCAGGCCUGCCAGGCCAUGGGGAACCUGUACCAUGACACGUGCUUCACCUGUGCAGCCUGCAGCCGAAAGCUGAGAGGAAAGGCAUUUUAUUUUGUCAAUGGCAAAGUGUUUUGUGAGGAAGACUUCCUGUACUCUGGUUUCCAGCAGUCUGCUGACAGGUGUUUUCUCUGUGGACAUCUGAUCAUGGACAUGAUCCUGCAGGCCCUGGGGAAGUCCUACCACCCUGGCUGUUUCCGCUGUGUCAUCUGUAAUGAGUGUUUGGACGGAGUGCCUUUCACUGUGGACUCAGAGAACAAGAUCUACUGUGUCCGAGAUUACCACAAGGUGCUGGCCCCCAAGUGUGCAGCCUGUGGGCUUCCCAUCCUGCCACCUGAGGGCUCAGAUGAGACCAUCCGUGUCGUGUCUAUGGACAGAGACUACCACGUGGAGUGUUACCACUGUGAGGACUGUGGACUGGAGCUCAAUGAUGAAGAUGGUCAUCGCUGCUACCCGCUGGAGGAUCACCUGUUCUGCCACUCCUGCCAUGUCAAGAGGCUGGAGAAAGGCCCCUCGCCUGCAGCCCUUCACCAGCACCACUUCUAGCCAGAGCGUCUUGUGGAGCUCAGAGCGGGAUGAGGAGCCAUGGCUGCACAAGGACGAGUCUGCCUGUUACUUCUGGUGGCCCCUGGUGUGGAAUUGGG